CCUAGGAAGGAUAAAAGGGGCUCUGCUGUUUCACAACCUCGUAACGCCAAUCGAGAGCUUCACUUCACAUCUCUCAUCUUACUUUGUACUGAAGGUAACUAUGGCUAACAAAAAUGAAAGAGGGAGUCAAAGAAGUUCAGGAAGCUCUCGUGUUGCCCUCAAUGAACGAAUCCUCUCCUCUAUGUCACGAAGAUCUGUUGCUGCUCAUCCCUGGCAUGACUUAGAGAUUGGGCCAGGUGCACCAGCAGUUUUCAACUGUGUGGUUGAAAUUGGAAAAGGCAGCAAAGUCAAGUACGAGCUUGACAAGACCACUGGACUAAUUAAAGUUGAUCGAGUUCUUUACUCUUCGGUUGUCUAUCCACACAACUACGGUUUCAUCCCACGAACCCUUUGCGAAGAUAGUGAUCCCAUGGAUGUCCUGGUACUGAUGCAGGAACCUGUACUACCUGGUACUUUCCUCCGUGCUCGUGCUAUUGGAUUGAUGCCUAUGAUAGAUCAGGUAUAGGAUUUACUUAUGCUGCUUAAUUUUGUAUCCCUGACCUUUGUAUAUCUUCUUAGAAUUAAUAUUAAUGCUCCAUCAAGGGAAUGUUAAAUGGAAACUUCAGGCAGGCAAGGUUGAGCUUGGUGAAAGUUUUGUGCUUUUUGUUGGAUGAUAAAGCUUCAUGCCCAUGCCCGAGAUCAUUUACUGCUCAUUAAGGCUCAUAAAUGGUUAAGCCUCUUAAGGUGCUUUACUGCUUAUUCAGCUGCUGGUUCAGGUUCAGCAAUGUUGUCCCAACACAACCUUACACUUGAGUUAUGUGAUAACUCGGUCACUUCAAUGUUUUCAAACCCUUGCAAAGCCUAUUUGACUGUGGUUGAGGUGAUAAGAAUUAUAGGAUAAUCAAGGAAUUAGAUGACAAUAGCUUGAUGAAGUUUUUUUGAUUUGCACCUUUUUGAUUCAGAAACAGGACCCCCAAAGUUUCUGAUUGAUUAUCUUUACUAUGGUGAUUCUUUUACAGGGUGAAAAGGAUGACAAAAUUAUUGCAGUAUGUGCUGAUGACCCUGAGUUCCGUCUAAUGACGGAUAUCAAGGAACUUCCUCCACAUCGUCUUGCUGAGAUCCGCCGCUUUUUUGAGGAUUACAAGAAGAAUGAGAACAAGUCCGUUGCUGUGAAUGAUUUUCUGCCUUCUGAAGCUGCCAUAGAGGCUAUCAGUUACUCCAUGGAUCUCUAUGCCUCUUACAUUGUGGAAAGCUUGAGGCAGUGACACACUUCAAAACUUACAUUGCUCGUGGCUGCGGGUCUUGGACUAAUUCUAAUGACAAAGGUUGAUUGACUUCUUACAGCAUGCCUGUCUGAAUUUCUGAUGCCUAUAUGUCUAAUUAGUCAUCUUGGUAUUAACCGCAAUGAUGUAUCACUAGUGAUGUAUUUUAUACAAGUGUUACGUACUCGAUGAAGCUUUUGAUGUAAUAAAAGGAUGGAAAAUGCUCCCUUGGAACUUUUUGAGAAAGAAUUAGCUGAUGCAUUGUGCUUUAACACAGGUAGACUUGAUGAGGAUACAAGGAUCGAAGAUGUUAAACGCAAUUAUACGUUCUUUCGAUUGGGAACCUGUUAAUUGCUGGUUAGCCUCGUCUUUUAUUGAUGGGUUUGUCUUGGUGUAGUGGAAUAAUAUUUUGGGAGACUUGAUUUUAAACCUCUCCCCUUUAGGCUUUUUACAGAUAGGUAAGGGAGGAAUGCUGGUGCUCCAUAUUUUCUUCAGUGGGGCAUGUGAGGAGACUGUAAGUCUUAUUCCUCUGUGGGAAGAGGUUUGUGAAACAAUUUAAUGCAUUGGAUUGAUGAGUAAAUGUCGCAAUUAGGUCAGUUUUUUAAGUCUUAAUAGC